AUUGGCGACCUAUCGACCAACCGUGAUGACUAUCGAUGAAGCCACCGAACCUAAUCGACAAGAUAGCUUUCAAAGUGCCGCGGCUAUUAGAGAGUUCCCUGACCGGAAUAGUAGACGAGGGCAGCCGACUUCCACAUGGAACGGACGGUCGUCAAGGGACAACUAUCGAGGCCAGCAAACAGAAUGCUUCCACUGCAGACGUUUCGGCAAAAAUGCCAAGAAAUGCGGUCAUAACCGCGUGAAAAACAGAGGACAACAGAAAGUGAACGUAUUAGAAGAAGAAGAACAAAGCUUGCGCAAACUAAACCUGCUGGAUGAUGAGCAAAACUAUUUUGUAACAGACUUCUCUUUUUGUACAAAAACCGC